AUCAGCAGCAACAUCUCCAGGAGCCUGGGUGAACGAUACCACAAUGCCACACUUUGCAGAAUUAUCCAUUGGGUCUAUAGUUGAGAACCUCAAGAAAGCGAGAGAGAUAGCACAUGGUCACCCUGGAAUUCCUGAAGAGCUAGGAUGUUACUUGCAGAAAGCUCUUGCUGCAGCAGGAGGACUGGACCUUUACCUGACAACAGAGGCAAGUUCUAACAGGACAAUGUCAUCCAAGGAUUGCCUUUUGAAUGUCCAAUUCAGUGAAAUGAAGGUCAAGACUAAUGAAGAGCAGCUCUCAAGCUAUGCAGAAGGGCAACUUCACAGGAUGCUGGUGCGUAUGACGGGAGCCAAAACGAUUUUGAUAAUAGGAAGGCUAAAAGCCCCAUCCAUUUUGGCUAUGGCUGAACUGGUGCCAGAAGAUAGCAGCAUAACCAUAUGUGCCACACAGCCCCAUUUUGGAGAAUCCAGCCAGGAGGCCUUUGAUUUCUCAGCUCAUGGCAACAAAAUGAGGGCACAAAUAGGACCAAUAAUGGACUCAUUGGAGGAGUUAGCAGCCGUGGGGAAAGAUUUUGAUAUAGUCUUUAUUGAUGCCGAUCAAAGGAACCCUGCAGAGUACUAUCGCUUUGUCAUGGAGAACCAUUUGCUGAGGAUGGAUGGGACGCUCUGCAUAGAGAACGCCCUCAUGAAAGGAGAGGCCUACCUGGAGAAUACGGCAGAUGAAAAUGUAUUAGGUGUCAAAAAACUGAAUCAAGUAAUUAAUUCAGAUCCUCGCACGGAGCAGGUGGUCCUCCCUGUGGAAGGUGGCUUGAUUCUUCUCCAAAGGAGUCGGAUAUGUGCCGAUGAGGAGACUAAUGUCGGAGGUGUUGUGAAAGACGACGUGUUUUGGGGCCACCGUGGUCGCUGCAUCCUUGACCGCCUGCAGCUGGACGGCAAAGUCGCCUAUGUCACCGGAGGAGGCCAGGGGAUCGGCCGAGCCUUUUGCCAUGCGCUGGGGGAAGCAGGGGCGAAAGUAGCUGUGGCGGAUCUGGUGCUUGCCAAAGCGGAGGCAGUAGCAUGUGAGCUGAGGCUCAAAGGGAUAAAAAGCAUUGCUAUAGCAGCAGACAUAAGCAGACCAGGAGAUGUGCAGAGGAUGCUUGCUACGAUCGUAGAUAAGUGGGGCACAGUCUAUAUUGCAUGUAACAACGCAGGGAUCAACAUGAAUUCACCAAGUGAAGCUACCUCCCUGGAAGAAUGGGACAAAACUUUCAAUGUGAAUUUGCGAGGCUUGUUUUUGUGUUGCCAGGCUGCAGGCCGCAUUAUGCUGAAUCAAGGAUAUGGGAAGAUAAUUAACACAGCAUCUAUGGCAAGUUUAAUAGUUCCUCACCCACAGAAGCAAUUAGCUUACAAUGCUUCGAAAGCCGGGGUUGUAAAGUUAACUCAGACGUUGGGGACGGAGUGGAUUGAUAGAGGAGUGAGAGUGAACUGCAUUUCUCCGGGGAUUGUCGAAACACAGCUCAUCCGUUCUGAGGAGCUGAAACCUCUUGUGCAGUGCUGGCUCACGGACAUCCCAGCCGGAAGGCUGGCUCGAGUGACAGACUUGCAAGCUGCCGUAGUAUACUUGGCAUCUGAAGCUUCAGAUUAUAUGACUGGCCACAACUUAGUCAUUGAAGGAGGGCAAAGCUUAUGGUAGAAAAGGAAUGGAAACGCUCUUUCAAUGCAUGCGGUGGAAUGACAGGCACACAGGAAAGACUCCCCUGAUCACAUUGCAGUUCUGCACGAGUUACGAGUGUUCAUUUUCUCUCUCCACAUUGACGAUUAAUUCCUUCCUCCCAAAAAUACAGCUUUUAAUUUCCAAACUGCUAUUUUAGACCCAAUCUACAGCCGCACUUGUCUUAACAAAAGUCAGCAUGUGGAGGUUUGCUUCUUUUAAAAAAUCUGCCCCAGACAGAAUGCAGUACUAGUGC